AUGGGCAUGGAGAUGCUGGAAGCAAUUCUAGGAUUUCUUGCUAUUGUUACAUUUAUCCUUUGGGUUUGGUGGUGGAAUGCGAACGAGAUACUUGUCAACUGGCCUGUCGUAGGGAUGCUUCCGCAGCUUUCUUGGAACAUGUCUCGUCUCCAUGAUUUUCUCACUUGUAUUCUUCAGCAAAGCCAGGGUACUUUUCUGUUUAAAGGACAUUGGUUUGGUGACUAUGAUUUUCUAUUAACUAGUGAUUCUAUGAACAUUCGCCACGUCCUAAGCAAGAAUUUUGACAAUUACCACAAGGGUGAGGAUUUCAAGGAGAUUUUUGAACCUAUGGGAGAUGGGAUUUUCACUUCUGACUCUGAUAAUUGGAGAUUCUUAAGGAGAAUAUUUCAUUAUGUACUUAGAACCAAGAGCUUCGAGCUUGCUGCAAGGAGUAGUAUGGAGCAGAAGAUCUUGAAAGGCCUAUUCCCAAUUCUAGAGAAUGCUUCCAUACUAGCAACUGAGGUAGAUUUACAAGAUGUGCUUAAGCGAUUCAUGUUUGAUAAUAUCUGCUUGUUGGUUUUAGGCUUCGAUCCCAAUUCCCUUUCCAUUGAAUUCCCUCAAAUUCCUUGUGCGAAGGCCUAUGAUGACAUGUCGAUAGCUGCAAUUCACAGGCAUACCAUGCCAAAAGGCAUUUGGAAGUUGCAAAGAUGGUUGCGGAUAGGGAUAGAGAAGAGGGUUAGGAAAGCACGCGAUGUGUUUGAUGAUUUUGCAGAGCAAUGCAUUACAAGAAAGCGACAACAAUUAGGCCAACGCAGAAGAAAUCAUGAGGAACAAGAGGAUUUCGACUUAUUAACAUAUUUCUUGGUGAAAGAUAAUGAUUUUGGAGGUGAUCAAGGAGAAGAAGGUGUCACAAUUGAUAUUAAAUCAAAUAAAUUUCUAAGAGACACUGCAUUUAAUCUCGUGGCAGCUGGAAGAGAUACUAUAGCAGCUGGACUUGUUUGGCUUUUUUGGCUAGUUGGAACACAUCCAUCAGUGGAGAAAAAGAUUUUGGAAGAAAUGAAAGCAAAUUUAAAAUCAAGAACUGAUAGAAAGUGGAAGAUUUUCAGCAUUGAAGAGGUAAAGAAUCUAGUUUAUCUCCAUGCAGUUGUAUGCGAGACACUUCGACUGUAUCCACCUAUACCUUUUGAGCACAAAGCUUCGAUUGGACCAGACAUUCUUCCAAGUGGUCAUCAAAUACCUAGAAAUAUGAAGAUAAUAUAUUCUUUAUAUUCAAUGGGAAGGAUGGAAGAUACAUGGGGUAAAGAUUUCUUGGAAUUCAAGCCAGAAAGAUGGAUUUCAAAGAGAGGAGAAAUCAAGCAUGUGUCUUCUUACCAAUUCAUAGCAUUCAAUGCAGGACCCAGGACUUGUUUAGGUAAGGACUUGGCUUUUUUGCAAAUGAAAACAAUAGCUUCUGCUGUUUUAUGGAAUUUUUCUCUUCAAGUGGUUGAAAAUCAUCAUGUUAGUCCAAAUUUUUCCAUGGUGCUUUUUAUGAAAAAGGGUUUGAAGGUCAAGGUAUUUGAGAGAUUUGCUUGUUCAGCUAGAGGAAAUGAAGGAAAUCUCAUAUGACAAUUUUCUCCAGAUUCUAUGAGCUUGCAUGUAAACAGAAAAUAAAAAAAUUCAUAAUAUAUAUAUAAGAGAU